UCAGGAAAUAGCUGUUGGUAUCCUAGGAAACAUGAUGUUUUUUGAUGAUAUAUGUGAGGAUGUGUCUAAAAAUGAAGAACUAGUGAAAGUCCUCUUACUUCUUUUGAACAGUUCUGACUCACCAACUCUUGUACAAGUGGUAAGGUUAGUGCAUGUUUGUGUUGUCAACAAGAAAGCAAGAAGAGCAUGGUUAAAUUCUUUCAGAGAAAUUGGUAGUUUUGUAGGAACUCUACAGUUUAUCUUGGGAAAUUCUCUGAAUGUUGAUUUACUAAAAGGAACAUUACAAGUGGUUUACUACAUCCUUCAUGCAUCUGAUGAGUUCUCCUUGCAGUUUGGCUCAUCAGAGUUUAUUAAAGCCUUAACGGCAGGAGCAAAACAGCUACGUUUGAAAGAAGACUUUGAAGCUCUUGAUGAGUAUUGGCAUGUUCUUCAUCUUUUAUCUCUGAAUGAAGACAUUUUAAAGAUAUUAGGGGAAUUUUUUCAUUCCGUAUACAAGCUUCUUCAUGUCUAUGUAAGUAAACUGUGUGAUAAUGAAGACGUGGUUCCUUCAUAUGAGAGAACUGGAGCUCUUGCAGCAGGGUUUGCUACUCUUGUAUCACUUUUGACACCAGAAAGGUUGAACGAGGAAUUGUUUGACAGGGAUAGAGAUUUCCUGUCAUGUCUAAAAACAAUGUUGAAGUCUGUCCAGAAAAAGAUUCUUGUUUAUAAAAAACAGACUUCACUUGAACAGUCGGAGAAUAGUGCCACGUCACAGAAAGACACAGAGGAUGAUGUAAAUGAAACUGUCAAAGAAUCAAAGAAUAUCAAGAAAAGUAUAAAUGAAAAAACUGAUGCACAAAGUACUGAUGUUACAAGUUCUCUAGAAAUUCUAGAAGAUUCCUUAUCUCAGCUGUGCGUCAUAAUAAUACCUUCAAUUAAACAAGAAGAUGAGGUCAAAAAAGCUUUACUGGAAGCAUUAAAAGUGUGUGCAAAAUCAUCAAGUCAAGGUGCUACUUCCAAAAACUUCUCACCUUCAGUGUAGUUAUUGUUUUUCUGUGUUUUGUAAGACAUGAAAUUCUUAGUAAAACUGAUUCAGUAUUC